AUGAAAAAUGUUUUGGCAGAAAAACUUUGCAAUGAUAAUUUUAACAAAAUUGAAGAAAAUGAAAAAGAAGAAAAUAUAUUAAAAAGAAGCUUGUGCUUAUCAAAAAAUAUGUUUAUAGGAAAUGAUAUAUUAACACCAUAUAAUUAUAAUUUACUUGCUUAUGAUCCAAACGUAAAUAACAGAAUAAGUAAAGUAGAACAAGAUGAUGAUAAUAAUGAGCUAAAUGAUUUAAAAGAAAUUUCCACAUUAGCUAUUUCAGAUGGAAAUAAUAUAAAAAAUUAUGAAGAAAUGUAUAAAGAAAAUGAACUCAACGCUAGAAGAAAAAAUAUGAGAGAAAAUGUUAUGAAAAAAUUAACCUCUAUAAAGGUAAAUAUUAAUAUGAGAGAAUUAGAUGAAUAUUCCCCUGUAAAAAAAUUAUAUGUAAAAAAAGUUGAAAAGGAUGAUAUACAAAAGGGAAGAGAAAAAAACAAAAAACUAAAAACAAAAAAAAAGAAAAAAAUAUCCAUUUUAAAUAGUAUUAUAAAUGAUGACGAAAUGACAAAUGAUGUUAUUGAACAAGACUUUAAUAAUAUUACGAAUACAAACGUAAUACCGUAUGAUAUGUGUGAGAGUGAAAGAAAUGAUAAUGAAAAGAACAGUAGGAGUAUUUUACCCUUUAUAAAUACAGUACAAAGUGAUACAAAUAGUGGACCGAUUAUAAAUAAGUUAGACGACAGCGUACUAAGUAGUGAUGUAUUAAAGAAUAUUAAAACGUUAGAUAUUUAUAAAAAAAUUAAAAAACCGAAAUGGCAUUUCCCUUAUAAAUUAUAUAGAGUAAUUUUGGGACAUUCUGGAUGGGUUAAUUGUGUUGAUGUUGAUAUAAGUAACGAAUGGUUUGCAACUGGUGCAAAUGACAGAUUAAUUAAAAUUUGGGAUUUAGCUACCUGUAAAUUAAAAUUAACCUUAACAGGUCAUAUAAAUAGUAUUAGAGACAUAAAAAUUUCAAAAAAAAAUCCAUAUCUUUUUAGUUGUGGUGAAGAUAAUAGAGUCAAGUGUUGGGAUUUAGAAUAUAAUAAAGUAAUAAGAGAUUACCAUGGACAUUUAUCAGGUGUUUAUUGUUUAUCUUUACAUCCUUCAUUAGAUGUAUUAAUGAGUGGAGGAAGGGAUGCAGUUGUAAGAGUAUGGGAUAUUAGAACAAAGAGUUCCAUUUUUGUAUUGUCAGGACAUACAGGCACUAUUAUGUCAUUAUGUUCUCAAUCUGUUGAACCCCAAAUUGUUUCAGGAUCUCAAGACAAAAUGAUAAGACUAUGGGACUUAAAUAAUGGAAAAUGUAGAAUAGCAUUAACUCAUCACAAAAAAAGUAUUAGAUCAUUAUCAAUUCAUCCGUUCGAAUAUAGUUUUUGUAGUUGUGCAACGGAUAAUGUUAAAGUAUGGUAUGGAGCAGAUGCUGAAUUUGACAGGAAUAUUACAGGGUUUAAUUCUAUUAUUAACUGUAGUUUAAUUAAACAAGAUUCUUAUUUUAACGAUUCCUCUAUAUUAAUAUUAGGUAGUAAUAAUGGUCAGUUGCAUUUUUAUGAUUGGUCAAGCGGUUAUAAAUAUGAUACAUUAUCAAACAAAGUAGUUCCUGGAACUGUGGAGUGUGAAAAUUCUACACUUUCUAUGACUUUUGAUAAAAGUGAAAGUAGAUUAAUAACAACACAUGGGGAUAAGUCCAUUAAAAUUUGGAAGGAAAAUGAAGACGCAACACCGGAAAAUUUUCCUAUAAAAUGGAAUCCUUAUGAACAUUUUAAAUUCUAA